CGUUUUUUCACGUUUUAAACGUAAAUAAAUUCCAGGUUUUAACUCUGGAGGUCCUCCUGUCCAGCAGGCGGCGCUGCUCGCGGGCGCUGGUGUCAGUUCUCCCGCACGCGACAUUCGAGUUGACCCCGAAAACAUGAGGCUGACGGCGCUGCUGUCCAUGGCCGCCAAAGCGGUGACGCCCAAAGAUUACCGGUACGGCACGAACCGGCCGUGGACCGUCGCGGCCCAGAGGCUCAACCCCCCGGGGAAGCGCAGGAGGAAGGUGUUCGUGGAGCCGCUGGAGGCCGAGGACUGGAGCGUGGUCCGGGGAGACCUGGUUGAGAUUCUGGCAGGGAAGGACAAAGGGAAGCAAGGGAAGGUCAUCCAGGUCUUCAGACACAGAAACUGGGUCAUCCUGCAGGGCCUGAACACACAUUUCAGGUUCGUGGGGAAAUCCCCCGGCUAUCGGGGGACGUACAUCGCCAGCGAGGCGCCGCUGCUCCUCAGAGACAUCGCCCUGGUCGACCCGUCGGACCGGAAACCCACUCAGGUGGAGUGGAAGUACACGGAGGAGGGGGAGCGGGUCCGCGUGUCGGUCCGGACCGGCCGGAUCAUCCCGAAGCCGGUGGUGGAGCGGCGAGACGGCAUCGUGCCGCAGCAGUGGAAAGACGGGCCCAAAGACACCAGUCCUGAAGACGCUCUGGAGAAGACGUACGUCCCCUCGCUGAAGACGCUGGAGGAGGAAGUCAUGGAGAAGCUGGACAUCCACGAGCCCAGGAGGCACAGGACGUCCUAUUGGUACUGAGAGCGGCCCGGUUCUGGACACAACCCGGACAGGACUGCAGACGCGGAUUCUGUUUUUAAACGUUUUCUCGUAUGAAUGUCAAAUAUUUCCUGUUUUCAAACGUGGAAUAAAGUCACGACUGUCGUGGAGCCGAUGAGCUCAGAGAGUUGAAGGUUCAAA